AUGAUGCCGAGCUCAUCUUGGUUUCAGGUCGACUCUCCCUUGGAGGUGGGACACGGUGAGACAUGGGCGCCAGCGCUCAACAUUGUUCGGACUUGUGUUACCGUCUCCAUGUGUAUCAUAGCAACGUGCUGGUGGGCAGUCAAGUCGAACAUCCUGGCAUCAGCGAGUACAUAUGCGAAGACAAUGCGUGACCUUGCAUCACCGUCUGACCUUCUGACUCCGUUGGAUAAGCGAGCUCAACGAGAUUUGGAUGAAGUGCGUGCGGCCCGCUUUCAUACCUUUGUGCACGUGAUGCUCCCUCCGCUGGUAGCUGUUAACCUAUGUUAUCUGGUCGUCCACAUAACCACAAGGAGACCCAGCUACGAAUGUAUGGGUAAGUUAUGGUCAUUCCCGCUUCGGGAGUUCCUUGCGCGCUAUUCGCACUUCUCGCCGGUGGUCAUUGCGGGGGUGUACAAAGCGUGCAUGUUCGUUUUUGUAGUUCAGAUGUUGAUGGUGGAGGGCCCCAGCGGCAUCCCAGGGCGAGUCAUGGCCGGAAUAUGUUUGCUGGAUUGCAGUGUAUCUUUGAAGAAUAACAUGCUUUUCAGUGCAAUACAUUGUUUCGUGACCUGGAACCGCCAAGCGCACAAUGGAGCAUCCACCGUAGAGAGUCUCGAGCAUGUGAUGCAAGAGAUCCACACUUGCGUCGCCAUUUGCUCAAUACUGAUGAUUGUAGAGGCUGGUGACCGGGGCCGGAUCAAAGCUUCGCUGCUGUCCAGACAGUCGGACAGAUCACAACAGGGAGUGCGAAGGUUGCUUUCUGCGUUCUGCGAUGCCCAAGUGCACAUCGGUCCAGAGCUGCAGAUCAUCACCAAUUCCCGCCCGCUGGUGCACUUCCUGGGCUGCGGGGCAGGGGGCGUGGACACGCAGGACGUCUUUCGAGGCGACUGCUUCCUCCGACACGUGAUGGAGUCCGACCAGCAGCGCUUCCAGGAAUUCCUCGCGGCGACGUCGGCUCUCCAGUCAGAGGGCGGCGAUGCGAGCGCACGCGCCGAAGGGGCUCCCGCCUCCAUCCAGGUGUCGCUGCGGAACCGCGGUGGCGGCCACGUCCCCGUAGAGCUGUUCGUGGUCUCGCUCCCAGACGUCGACGACACGCUGGGGUUCCUGAUGGGCAUCCGGGAGACUGGGGCGCUCCCGUGGGAGGCGCGCGUGGACGCGCCGGGGGCCGUGGCGCUGCCGCCGCACGCGGGGGCGGCUGUCCCUGCGGAGGCUGCCGGCUCGCCGCCCUCGGGAGUCGCGCCCGAGGUCGCUGCUCACGCCAAGCUGGGGCGGGUCGCGGGUGCACGCACGUCGUCGCGCAAGCUCUGUUCCUCGUCCUCCUCGGGCUCGUCCGCGUCCCGGUCAUCGUGCUCUUCCGGGCGCCGCGCCGCGUCAGCCGCUGGGGUCAACAGCGUGUCAUUGCGGCUUGACUCCGCGAGCGCGGGGAUGCGCGUCCGCUUUUUGGUUCUUCUGACAUUUGCUUCCACCUCGGCACGGGUCCCCAUGGGCCCACCCUGCGAGAGUGGGUGUCCCCAGAGCAGUUCCUGGACAUGGAGGGGCGUUGCCAGAGCGUGA